UUGAAGAAUUACGACCAGAAUUCAAUUUCGAUUAAUCACCGUCAUCCUCGGAAGGCGCCAGGUCCGACAUCUUGCUUUUUUCUCGAGAAAGCAUUAAAGCGCAUUUAUCCAAAGGAAGAUUUUGAAAUUUUGGAAAGUUUGGGUGAAGGAUUUUUCAGCAAUGUAUAUAAGGUCAAAUUAAACAAUACAGAUGAAGUGAUGGUUUUGAAAAUCGUAAAAGAGCGUGAAAAUCGGCUUCGUGCUAAGGCGAACAUAAUGAAAGAAAUAACUGUACUUAAUCAACUAGUCACGCAUCCAAAUUUGAUCGAAUUUCGAUUUUUUUCUUAUUUUUAUAUAUUUUUAUAUUUUAGUGGUGUUUGUAUCGAUUCAUGUAGCGGUACAUGGAAUAUGCAUAUAUUGGUUGAUUUCUGUGAUGGUGGAAGUUUAAAUCGACUUAUUACAGAUCGAAGUAGGUCUUUUUCAUGGAAAAUGCGUUUCGCUUUGGCCAAAGAUAUUUCUGCUGCAAUGUGUUUCGUGCAUUCGAAAAAUGUUAUGCAUCGUGAUCUCACUAGCAUGAAUGUGCUGCUCCAGACAUUGCCUUAUGGUAAUUUGAAAGCAGUUGUGGCUGAUUUUGGGCUUUCAUGUCCAAUUCCUUCAAGAAAUGAACUGUUGGUUCAAGUGGGGACACCAUUCUGGAUGGCUCCGGAAUGUUUGAAAGAAGAAUUUUAUAAUGAAAAAGCGGAUAUAUUCUCAUAUGGAAUAAUUCUUUGUCAGAUGAUUGCUCGUAUAGAAGCCGAUCCAGAAGCUGGUCUUUGCCGAACAAAUAAUUUUGGUCUAGAUUAUGUUCGUUUUACGGCAUAUUGUGAAAAUGAUACACCACUUGAUUUUCUUCAACUUGCUUUUCACUGUUGCUUGAUGAAUCCCACUGGCCGACCUUCUUUCUCCAGAAUAUAUGAUCGCCUCAAUAGUUUUACUUAUCGGCAGUGGAAAGAUCAUGUUACUGCUAGAAAUUUCGACAGUCAGUCACUAGUUACUGAACAAAGUAAAGUUUUUAUUUCCCUUUUUUUGUUUGUUAUGAGUUGGGACGUUCAAUGUCCGAUGCAGCUUUCACUUCCACCAGCAGAAGUCGCUAUUCACAGCAAUAUUGUACGUCAGAAAACAUCAAAAAAUCAAAAUCGUUUAAGUAUUGAAAAUUUUCAAAGUGUAUGUUAUUCUUCUAAAGAGAAUUUCGGCUUUGACAAAGAGCAAUUUGGCAGGAAGUUACAAAUGGAAGAACUUGCUCGAAGCAUCGCUAUAGAAGAAUUAUCUGAUGAAGCAAGUUCUUAUUUCAAAUCAGGAUUUUCUUGCAAGGAAUCUUCCAUUCGUGGAAAUCCAUUUUUAAAUCAUCAAAUCUACAGUACCACCCGAAAACUGGGGCUUUUCAAAAUUUCUCGCAAAAAUGUUCGUAAAGAAAAAAUUAAUGAUAAUAAAAGUCAUUUCAUGCAUAUAAAUUCGAUUACUGAUAGGCAAAAUAUUGCAUCAUUCAAUAUGACAGUAAAUGUUGAAAAUAAUGAUCGAAAACGAAAAAAUAAAGAAUUUAAGCAACGCCGAAGCCGUUCAUUUCCUUGUUCUGCCUUUUCUCGAAAAGAUUUCACUUCGACGUUUCCACGCUUAUCCUGUUAUCGCCGACCAUCGAAUCAUCGAGAAGUGAUUCCCGCAGAUAUUAAGCAUAGAGUAUUUUUGUCAAUGUACAUAGAACAAAAAAAUUCUAAUAAUUGUAUUGGCUCUUCUGAACUGAAUCAACUGAAAAAAAAUGAACAAGCUGCAGCCGAUUCAGUAACUAUUAAUUUACCAUCUUAUAACAAUUUUUUGAGUGACAGCACGUUUCUCAAACAAAACAAUAGCAAUAUUUCCUAUGGCAGUCAGCCUACUUACAUUAAUCGUUCAACUGGUCAACAGAUGCUACCUUCAGGCAAAUCACAAGAUAUUUGCCUAUCGUUGAACCCUUGCUCUAAAUUUAAUCAGGCAAGAUUGUUUAUUGUUUAUCAAGUAGAUUUGAGGGAAACAGUUGUUACUUCUACUCCAAAAAGCAACCUUACAUCUUCAUCAUCAAUUAUGUGUCUGAUGCGGCGAAAAAUAAGUUGUAAAUCGAGAAAAAAUAAUCACGGAACUAUCAUGGAAGUACAUCAUAAAGGUGGUUGUAAUAUAAGUUGA